GUGACUUAGAAAACUACUGGCAUAAUAUCAUUCGGGAGUGCGAGAAGAGACGAGAACUUUUAGCGCAUGAAGCUGAAGAGAACCGUAUUCUUCUCGCCCUCUCCAAAGUAAACAAUAAGAUAAAAAUAACGAAAACCGAGCUUGCAGAAAUUACUAAUGAAUGGAAAAGAGGGAAAAGUCCAGAUUUAUUAUUCGAAAUCGAUGCUGACGUUUUUGAGUUGGACCUUUCGUUAUUACAGGAACAACAGCAACAACAAUCGCAUGCUAGUGGUUCAGAUUUUAAAACUUCUCAACUUGAGGAGCAAUCUAGGAUUACAAUAGAAGACCCUGAGGAUGAGAUUCGUUCUUCCGGUGCAGAUGAAGACUUCGAUAGGAAAAUAGGUGAUGAAGGAAGUCCUAGUACUGCUGUGGAUAGUGACUUCGAUGGAGAAAUAGGUGAAGAGCCUAAUGAAAAAGGAAACAAUAAUGUCUCUCCUGACACUAUUGUGGGUCCCCAACAAAAAAAUAAGAGAAAGAGGUCAACACCAUCGUUAACCCAAACCCGCGAAGUUAAUCUUUGA